CCGGCCGGUCCGUAUCAAUCGAUCAGAGAGAGGAAGAUGGCGGUGGAUGGAGUUAACGGGAAAGGAUCGAUCCCCGAAAAACUCGAUUGGGUCUGUUUUUCCUAACCGAGAAAAACACUCGAUACCCCCCCCCCCGAGCAUCACUUUGAACCCGGAGUGAAGACGCGAUAACACAGAGAGGAGCCGUUCCCCUCCAGCCGCCCGGAGGCUUCGGGACGAUGGAGUUCCCGUGGCACAGUGGAAAGGUUCUGGAGCAGCUGGACCGCCAGCGCAAACAGGGCAUGCUGUGUGACUGCACCUUUGUGGUGGACGGGGUGGACUUCAAGGCGCACAAGUCUGUGCUGGCGGCCUGCAGUGUCUACUUCCGCACCCUGUUCCUGGACCAGAAAGAUGUGGUGCACCUGGACAUCAGCAAUGCAGCAGGUUUGGGUCAGGUCUUGGAGUUUAUGUACACAGCCAAGCUGACUUUGAGUCCACAGAAUGUAGAAGACGUGCUGGCUGUUGCUAACUUUCUACAGAUGCAAGAAAUUGUAAACGCCUGCUCUGCGUACCAGUCGAUGGCAAAUCCUGCUCCGUCCCUCAUAACACUGGAUUUUGCCGUUGAAGAGAAACAUGGAGAAGGAGAGCAGAGGGAGGAACUAGAGAGUGACAGGAGUGAAGGAGUGGCAUCUCAAGCAGAGGAAAGUCCCUGCACGACCACAGAAGAUAAAAAAAACACACAAAAUGGUGAAAAUGUGCAGGAAGACAUCUCCACCGAGAAACAACCGACAGUUUCUCAGCCCAGCCCGGCCAGAACCCAAUCGGGCCGAGGAGGAGUCCACACAAACGCCCCCGUUCUUCAAAAGAAGAUAUCUGUGAAGAAGGAAGAGGAAAGUGCUGCAGAAGAUGCACCUGUACCUGGCCCAUCUGAUGCUGACUGCAAUCCCAAAUCGCCGCCGAAAUCUGCUUGCUCAUCAUACACGAGCUCUCGGGGGAGACGAAUCAGAAAACCUCCUCGGCGAAACUUCCCACCUGAUAAUGACUCGGAGGAAGAAGCCCCAUCAAAGAGACAAACUCGGAAGAGGGCGGCAGAACUAGCCAAUGAACCGGAUGACGACACUGAGGAGACCCGGGAGGGGGAAGCUGACGACGAAGAGGGGUCGGCAGAGGAAGGUGACGAUGACGAUGUUGAUGGGGUCAAUUCGGGCAGCGAGAGGGAAGGGGGACAAAAUCAGUCAGCGUCCAUGAGCAGCCGAUCCGAGUCAAAGCUUUACAGCUCUGUGACACACGAAUGCGAGGACUGCGGCAAGAAAUUCACCCACACUGGCAAUUUUAAGAGACACAUGCGCAUUCACACAGGAGAGAAGCCGUUCAGCUGUCGCGAUUGCAGCAAAGCUUUCUCUGACCCUGCGGCCUGUAAAGCCCACGAGAAAACACACAGCCCUCUGAAGCCGUACUGCUGCUCGACUUGCGGGAAGAGCUACCGCCAGAUCAGCCUGCUCAACCUGCACCGCAAACGGCACACGGGCGAAGCGCGCUACAGCUGCGAAAUGUGCGGCAAGCUCUUCACCACAUCUGGCAACCUGAAGCGCCACCAGCUGGUGCACAGUGGGGAGAAGCCGUACCACUGCGACUACUGCGAUAAGUCCUUCUCCGACCCCACCGCCAAGAUGCGACACCUGGAGACGCACAACACGGAGAAGGGCAACAAGUGUUCACACUGUGACAAGCGCUUCAACCAGCCGGGAAAUCUGAAGGCUCACUUAAAGAUCCAUAUUACGGACGGGCCUCUCAAGUGCAAAGAAUGUGGCAAACAGUUUACUACUUCAGGGAAUCUGAAGAGGCACCUGCGAGUCCACAGUGGGGAGAAACCAUACGUCUGUAUGCACUGCAAGAGAGCUUUCAGUGAUCCUGGAGCUCUGCAGCGGCAUGAACGCAUCCACACAGGAGAGAAGCCCUGCGUCUGUGUUAUCUGUGGCAAGGCCUUCACGCAGGCCAGCUCCCUCAUCGCUCACGUCCGACAGCACACAGGAGAGAAGCCCUACGUGUGUGAUCGCUGUGGCAAAAGGUUUGUGCAGUCCAGUCAACUGGCCAAUCACAUCCGGCACCAUGAUAAUGUCCGGCCGCACAAGUGUCAGAUGUGCAACAAAGCAUUUGUUAAUGUGGGAGACCUGUCGAAGCACAUCAUCAUUCACACAGGGGAGAAACCUUUCCUGUGUGAUAAAUGCGGCAGAGGCUUCAACCGGGUGGACAACCUGCGCUCCCACGUUAAGACCGUCCACCAAGGCAAGGCCGGCAUGAAGCGGCUGGUGAUGGGCGGGGGCAGUGCGGAUGAGGGGGGCGACGCGUCCGCAGGGGCGUGCCUCUCUGACAACGAGAUCAACAUAGUCACCGUCACCACAGAGGAUAUCGUCACCCUGGCCACUGAGGCCCUGGCAGCUAGUGCAGUAGCUCAGCUGACAGUUGUUCCAGUGGUUGCUUCAGUGUCUGCAGAUGAGACUGAGGCUUUGAAAGCGGAAAUAACCAAGGCGGUAGAGAAAGUGCAUGAAACAGACCCCAACACCCAGAUUUUGUAUGCUUGUGAUUCAUGCGGUGACAAAUUCUUGGACGCCAGUUCCCUGGCCCAGCACGUACGCAUCCACACCGCUCAGGCACUGGUCAUGUUUCAGGCAGAUUCGGACUUCUACCAGUACACCACAGCCACCACUGCUGAGGCGGAAUCUGCAACAACAUGGCAACCCACAGCUGAACAUGUCAUCCAGGAAGGAGAUCUGAUUUUCCGAGCCCAGGAUGGGGAAGGAGUGGCAGAGGGGGAGAUAGUGGGGGAGACACACAGUGAAGAGCCUGGAGCGGUCACUCGUGAGGAGGAGGAGAGGGAAGAUGAAGAGGUGGAAAGUCCUGUUGAGAUCCACACAGAAGGAAUAGAUGAAGAGGCAGAAGAUGAAAAACAAGAGAAGAUGGAAUGUGAGAGUCAGGCUUAGCGGGUUAGAACAAGAAAAUAUAAAGACGUUAAUUAAUGCGACCUCGGUUUCAACAUGCUGUGCUAUGAAUCUCAACUGGAUUCACAACGUACAACACUUUGUACACAAUUUUAUCUUUGAAUGUAUGGUCAAAAAUAAUGUGUUUUGUAGUCCGAUUUCCAGAAGGUCCAGAGAUGAGAUAAAAAAUAUUGAUACUCUUCCCGAGAUGUUUAUACUACGUUGUAUAGUCUUUAGAAUGAAUGGGAGGACUAUGACGUGUCGUUUGUAAUUGCUUUACAAGUCCUAGUGUUAUUUUUCCAUUUCACCCAAAAGAGAUAUGUACAUUUCCCUUAAAUAGUAAAAACUAUUUUAUUGUACUUAGUUCUAAGUAUUUUAAUUAAAAUCAUAUUACAUAAAUUAUCCACAUGAACAUGUCAGCAGACUGAAGAUUUAGUUGGGUGUAUGUUCACUCCUCUUUCCUGAAGUUGGAUGAUGUCAUGAACUUGUAUACUAGCAAACACUGUAAAUGCUCUGCAUGUUAAAUAUUGUGUAUAUGUGUUACAUAUCCUUGAAAUGAAUGAAUGAAUGAAUGUCUUAUUUGAAUUGCUUGAAGAGAAAGGAAUAGAGAGAUGACAGUGUGGUCAACAACUUUUUUUCUUCUUCUUUGUUUUGCAGUAAACUGUAAAAUAAUCAUGUGAAGAUGGUUCCCUGAAACCAACGGUUUUAUGUAAUUAUCUUGUCUGCUUAUAUUACCUGUUAGAUAGUAGCAACAUUGCUACAGCUCACUGGAAGUUAUCUCAUCAAUAAAGUGUCUGCAGUCUGAUG